CCUGUCGUCAGUGCUCCUGUCUAGCUCCGCCUCCUGUAACUGAGUCGGACAGUGGCUCAGCAACAACUCCAUCAUCGCGAUCGCAAAAGAUUGCCCGAGCCAAGUGGGAGUUCCUGUUUGGAGGACCAGCUGAGGAGAGUCGCCGCAUUAAAGGCUGUCCAGCCACAACUCCUUCCACCAGCAGCUCACCCAGCCCCACCCCUCCCUCCUCCCUCCAUUUGAAAACAGUAAACCAGAGGAGGGGGCAGGACAGAGAGAGCCUACAGUUGUCCCAUCACCAGGUGCAGCAGGUUGAAGUCGACCUGGUGACACCCCAACCCUGUGGCUCCACACCCAAGACGGGAAUCAUCCGCAAAACCAUUAAAUACUCUGAAACUGAUCUGGACGCUGUGCCACUGCGGUGCUACAGGGAAACCGAUCUGGACGAGGUGAUGCGGGCGGAAGCUGAGGCAGCUGACGAGGGUGAGGCAGACUCAACCUUUGGGAGUAACUGCAGUGCCAGGGCAAACUCCAGCUUCAGCCCUGCAGAAGUCUCCCCAAAGCCCGGGACUGGUGGUGGAAAGGAAGAGGAGGAGGAGGAGGAGGAGGAGGAGGAAGAGGAAGAAGAGGAGGAGGAAGAGGAAGGGGUGGUGAGCUGGGCCACUGUCCGGAUGCUGGGAGACAGACAGAGACAGAGAGCCACCAAGGAGGAGGACGAGGUGUUCAGUCUGCUGCUGAAAGGGACGUUGGAUGGGUCAUCCAACUCCCAUGGUGGCCUCAAAUCUCCAAUCUCCCUCGGUAGCCCCCGGCGCCCCUCUGAGUGCAACCUAGACUCCUUUAGUCGCCAUUUUGAAAGCAUCAUGGAGUCUCAUCGAGCCAAAGGCACUUCGUACAGCAGCCUUGACAGUGUGGACCUUCUGACAUCUGGAUCCACAUCUGUUUUUACCUUCGACCUGCCCACCCUCACCCCAGAGAUUCAGAGUCAGAUCUGUGAUAGUGCCAAGCAGAUCAUCGAGCUGAGUUUCGCCCCACUGGCCCAUCCAGAACUGUAUGGCCCCUCAGAAAGGUCCCGCUCCUCGUUCACUCUAAGUGCCUCAGGCCCGGGGCUCCGGGGUGGCUCCAAAGACGACUCCGGACCUCCAGUUCGAUCCAAGUCUGAGAAAGAGACGUGGCGUCGCUCCAUCCUCAAAGAGGGCUUCCGCAAAGCAAGCUCGGUCCCCUCACUCAAUAGCAACCUCAGGGAGCGCCCAGUGAACAACCUGCCCGAGCUGCUGUACCCGCAGGCAGAUGUGGCAGAGCGCCUGGCGCUCGGUGGUAGCGACGAUGCACUGGCAAACGGCACAAAGCCUGACCUACAGGCAGCAAAACGUCUUGCCAAGCGGCUCUACAACCUUGAGGGCUUCAGGAAGUCUGACGUGGCUCGACAUCUCAGCAAGAAUAAUGAGUUCAGUCAGAUGGUGGCAGAGGAAUAUCUCAGUAACUUUAACUUCAAGGGUCUGACCAUCGAUCAAGCACUCAGGACAUUUCUGAGAAAGUUUGCUCUGAUGGGAGAAACUCAGGAGAGAGAGAGAGUCCUCGCUCAGUUCUCCAGGAGAUAUAGGCAGUGUAACCCAGAGAGUGUGACCACUGAAGACAGCGUCCAUACUUUGACAUGUGCUGUCAUGCUGCUGAACACAGACCUCCAUGGAAAUAACAUUGGGAAGAGGAUGUCAUGCAGUCAGUUCAUUACCAACCUGGAAGGUCUCAACGAUGGAAAAGACUUCCCCAAAGAUCUGCUGAAGACGCUGUACAGCUCGAUCAAGAACGAGAAGCUCCAGUGGACUAUUGACGAGGAGGAGCUGAGGAAGUCUAUGUCUGAGCUGACCGACGUUCGAACAGACUCCGCCUCCCAUACCAUGAAACGACUGGGGACUGGAGGAAACCCGCUGGUGGGCGUGGCUCAGCAGGCGGAUGGCGAGCUCUACAAGAACGGCUUUCUAAUUCGAAAAGUCCAUGCUGAUCCUGAUGGAAAGAGAACUCCACGGGGAAAGAGGGGAUGGAAGUCUUUCUACGCCAUGUUGAAGGGGAUGGUGCUUUACCUUCAAAAGGAUGAGUACCGCGCGGAGCGAGAGCUGACGGAGGAGGACGUGAAAAACGCUGUGUCCAUCCAUCACUCUCUGGCCAUGAGAGCAGCUGAUUACAGCAAGAGACCCAACGUCUUCUACCUGAGGACAGCAGACUGGAGAGUCUUCCUGUUUCAGGCUCCGAAUCCGGAACAGAUGCAGUCGUGGAUCACACGCAUCAAUGUAGUCGCUGCAAUGUUUUCUGCUCCACCAUUCCCAGCUGCUAUUGGCUCCCAGAAGAGAUUCAGUCGUCCUCUGCUGCCAGGAUCCAACACUAAACUAACCCAGGAGGAGCAGGUCAAAUCUCACGAGAACCGAUUCAGGGCAGUUUCUUCCGAGCUGGCUGAUCUUACAGCUUCCACACCCGACCGUAAGGUGAAAGGUCGCGAGCUGGAGGAGCACAAACUCCGACAAGAAUACCUGGAGUUUGAGAAAACUCGGUAUGGUACAUAUGCCAUGUUGCUUCGGGCCAAGUUGUCGAGUGGCGACGAGGACCUGUCAGCCUUCGAGUCACGGCUGUUUGAUGAUGGUGGCCUGCAGAGGGCGCACUCCAGCCCCACGCUUCCUCAGGAUGUCGCCAACAAGGAGAAGACUCGCGGUACCAAGACGUCAAAAAGCUUAAAAGUCACAUCCACGUCCUCCAAGAGCAGCGGCAGCACUAAAGAGGCAAGCAAGAAGAACGGCGGUGAAAACAACCAGCAGUUUGAGGUGCAGAAACAGAGCAGCAAACAGGAAGCAGCUCCGUAAGGCAGCAAGUCGAAUCAUUUUUAAAAAGUUUGAUGCUGGAGACGAGCAUGAAGCGUCACGGUUAGCAGGCCGACAUCCUCCUUUAAACCUUUUCAGUUAAACCUCACUCAGUAAUGGUUGGUUGAGGGUAUUUUCCUCCGGAGCCAAGCUGAGACAUUCGAGGUCAAUGGGAGAAAAAAAACACUCUUCUUGAAGGAGGACCAUUGAACAGAUCAGUGUUGCAUUUAUUUCAGAAAGCACUAAUAAGAUUAAGUUUUAUCUGAAAACUAUCAAUCAGCUGUUAAAGUUUAUUUUUCAUCCAACCAUGAAACGCAGCAGGUCAAACUUUGAAAACAGACUGCGUGUUUCAGAGAGAAAGUAUUAUUUCCCAUCACUUCUUUUAUUUCAGGGACUCUCUGGAAGCAUUUGUUUUUGAGCUGAGUCCUGUGUUAUCCUUCAGCUUCAUGCAGCCAUCGUUUAGCUGAGACAGAAUCGAGUUUGUAGGUACUUUUAUUUUUUUUUUCUAUCAGAGCGACAAACACUGACCUCCUGCACAGCCAUCGCUCUGCUCCUCAUAGCGACUAACGGGGGAGCAGGUUGCCAUGCCGACCACAUAUAACGGACAGAGUAUGAGGGACUGUUGCUGUGGUGAUCAAAAUAAGGGAGGGGGGCAAGGGGUAGUCUCUGAAGUCAGGACUCCCCCGGCUAAAUGAACAAACAGAAUAACAGACAGAGGCUGUAAUGAUGCGUCACAUAGGCAACAGGAACAAAACCUCCUACACACUUCACUGACAGAGUGCUUGUACCUGUGUUUAUAUAUAUAUGUGUGUAUGUGUGUGUGUGUGUUUGUAUAUUGUAUGUGUGUGUGUGUGCUUGUAUAUUGUAUGUAUGUAUGUGUGUGUGUGUGGGGGGGGUGUAUGUGCUACUAAGAGGAGAGUAUUGUACACAGAAAGGAAGAACUGCAUUAGCACUUGAUGUGUACUUCGCGGUGUGUAAAUAGUGAACAUGCUGGAUGGAGGUUGAUCAUAGUGUGUCUGCAGCUGUCUUAUUCAUGUUUUUUUCUUCCCUCUCUGAGUUGUGCUGGAACAAACAGGCUGUACAGAGGAUUGUUAGUGACUGUGAACUACUGAGUGAGCGAAGGAUGCUAAUUCAAACUGAAAUCUAUAUCUUGGCAGAGUACUUGACUCUAAUACACUCCCACUAACUUUUUGAUGAUGGUUCUUAACGAUCCAUCUUUUCCUCUGCUUUCUUGUUUAGAGCAGAAUCCAGGUUCAGUUCCUGAAGUAGGAAACCCUAUUCAGGAUCCUACUAACAUCUGUCAUGACUCUUGCUUUGUAACAGAGCUCUCGCAUAUGUUCUUGUUUUUUUUUUUUUUUCAACCCAAAGCCAUAAAAUCCCCAUCAGACCUUUUCUGCUCACUCAGUAGUUUUGUCAUUCAUGAACUUCCAGAGGUUUUUUGUUUGUGCUGAAAGUCAUGCUGGAAACUAAAUAAUGUUUGAAUCCGUCCACUUUAUUUUCAUAUUCCUCGUGAUUGACCUUACAAGGAGGACAUGUAUCAAAAGAUUUCAUGUUAUUUAAAGUUUAUGUAUCUUGCUGAAAUUAUCUCGUUUGUUUGUUGAUUGGCAGCUCAUCAUCAGACAAUGCUUGUCACCCAUGUGGUUCAAAAAAUUAACAACUGGGUAAAGUGGGAUCCUGUAAAAGUGUCCUGUUAUUGCUGUUUGAACUUGGGUGAAGUUCUCAACAUGACGUUACCUCUAGCUGCCACCAGGUGUCACCAGAGUACUAGGUUGCAUUUUCACCUACGCCUUUUGGUGACACAAAAAACUCUCUUCUUGUUUAGGUUUUCAAAAAGUUUAACCACAAUAUAGAAAUCCAUAUUUUAAAAAUAAUAAUACAUGCCCUGCAUUCAGUACACACAUAUUCAGAAUGUCCCAUUUCAAAGUAAUGUAAACUAUUCUGAUUGAAAUAUUUCAAACUGAAUUGAUAUUAAUGAUCUUAAUCAUGUUGGUAAAUAAGGUUUCCCUGAAAUGCAGUCGAGUAGGUGUAUAAAAAAAGUCUUCUUGGAUUUUCCUUUAGUUAUGUAACUGCAGCAUGAAUCAUAAUGUUACGCAGGAGAUGCUCAUAUUUCCUGGAGAAUCAUGUAAUGACAGGAAAUGGUGACCAGGGGGCAGCAGAGAGAAGACGGGUGUUGUUUCUUUAGUACCCUGAAUUUUUUUUAUGUUUAUUCACACCCAAAUGUUGUAGAAUUUUAAUACUUCCAAAAAUGAACACCUGGCAGUGCUUUAACAUCAAUAUGUCUUUGAUAAUAAUUUUGCAUUAUUUGAAAUGAACUGCUCAGAUCUUUCGGUUUGAUAUCAGAAACUCAGAGUCUGAAAUUAAACCCCAACCAAUAAUCUGUUUUCAGAUUUCCUGAAACCACUAAAGGAAAUCUUGAACACUUGGUCUCUGAAGGGAUGAAGAUUUUUUUUAAUUGAAUUUUUGCACUCAUAAGAAGUGAAUUUAUGAUCGUUUCCAGUUUGGGAACAACAAAAGAGAGCUCCUCAUGGAGUGGUGGAAGCUCACUGAAGCCGGACUGAUUAUCUCCAGGAAUUGUUUUUGUUUGGUAGAUUCCUGCAGAACAGGGAACACUAAACUCUCAGAGGAAAAGCAGAAGUUUGUCUUUUUGGAUUUCUUUUGACUUUAAAAUGUUAACUCCAUGAGGAUGUAAGAAACUUCAAACUACUAAUUUCAAAGGUACGAAGAGAACUGAAACUAAGCAGGGUUGUUUACGUUUUGCCAGUAGAAAUCCAUCACAUAACCCCCUCAAUUUCUCUACACUCUGUCUUACAACAUGACCUGAUCUCAGUCUGUUGUGAGCUUUGGCUUUAACCCCCCAAAAAACAGAAUAUUUGCAGAGUUGUUUGGCUUUAAAAUCAACACCUAACACAUUUCAGGAACAUCCUCACCGUCCAACAUGAUCCAAAUCAACUCCAUCAGACUUAAGACAGAGACACCGUCAUGGAGGUCAGAGCCAUCAUGGAAAUGACCAUAAGACUCCCCCUACAUGUGAUUGAUGUCUUGUUUUGGAUUGAAUCUGUUUCAUCAUGUAGAGAUGGGGGAUACAAGUCUGAGCUACUCUCCUUGGUCACACGUGCAAACUUCAAUGUCCUCAUCCCUGUUUGGGCAGUUGGAGUCAUGUAUGAUGUUGUUGAUUUUAACCCAAAGUGUUUUCUUUUUAACAUACUGGAAGCUCAUUGUAGAGAUAUGGGAGCCAUUGACAGCGACAAUCAGCUAAUCCUCUGUAUUGUGUCCUUUAAGAUGUAGAGUCGAAGAAACUCCAUCAAAGUAAUCUGACUGUUUUGUUUUCAAAGGACCUAAAAUUGUCAGUUACCAUCUCAGAGAAAUCCAUUCACCUAAUCAAACCCUGGACUUGACCCUAUAGUCAGUCAUGAGGUUGUCAGUGUGAAAUGAUCUUUGUGUGAAUCCCAGUCCAAUACUUUGGUUUUGAAUUGUCUCUGUUGUUGCUGAUUUUCAAUGUCUCUUGUGUCUCCUGUUUAAAUCCAAAUGUCUCGUUUCA